AUGACAACCUAUUACGUCCCCUCCUAUUCUCUGAGAGAACAAUACCGAAUGGGUUCUCUAGCCAAGAAGCAUAGAUCAGGGCGGUCACAUCGGAAAUUCAAGCCAUUACCACCUGACGCAAUUCCCGACUAUCCCAGUAGACCAUAUAUCACCGAUCUCCCUCCCGAAAUCCAGCUCUCGAUCUUCGAGAAUCUUGAUCCCGUGGCAUCGACAUGUCUCGGUCUCUCAAGCAAGAAAUUAUACCCAGUCCACCGUUCCAAGCAUAAGAAAGUCAGUCUCUUUGAGAGCGGCCGAGAUCAUCAAGUCCCGCUCUGUCUGUAUCUCAAGAACUGGGCCCCGGCGGAUCUCAUGUUGGAUUGGGAAACAGAACGGCUGGUUAGUAGGGAGAAAUAUAAUGCGUUGCAGAAGGAUAGGGAGAGGAGGCAUCGGGAGGCAGAGGCUUAUAAUUCGGGACAUGCGUCGCAUCGGCAGUCUUCGAGGUAUUAUCAGCAGCAGCAUGAACCAUCGCAGCCAAGACUGAAAAGACGUCGCCGAUUUGAAAGACAUGAUAUCUGGACAUGUGGGAGAAGGCUUCGGUCUUGGGGUCUGUGAAUGCAAUGCUUCAGCCUCCAGGAGUAAGAUGGUGUUGGUAUAUAGGUACUGUGCUUUGCAUUGUUAGGUAGAAUUGGGUGACGACGGGUGACGUAUUCUUCAGCUUUAUUCAACUCGAUAACUAUACAGC